GUGUUUUUAAUCCCCGGGCUUCGCCUGUCAGGCAAUGCUUUCCUGAAAGUUCAACUACUUGUACUUUCGCCGCGGUUGUCAAACCACAGCAGCAGUGAGACGCACAGGUCACCUGACACACCUUACCCAGGUCAAUAAAUAGCCACAGAGGUACGCGUGUAUCCAGUGGAACGGUCGCAUGAUCAACGCUGUCGUGGUGUGUCGCUGAACAAAUAUUAGCUGUCUUCUUUGGGCAAAGGUAACGUUCCGCUCUUGGUUAGAACCGGCAAACAUGCGGGAUGCAGGUUCUCUUUUUAAAGUACUUUGGCCGCUUUUAAGCCGGGCUGCUGUUGGUUGGGGUCAGACAAACAUAAGCAGCAUGCUGGCACCGCAGUCGGAUCGGGUCAUGGCGCUUGGUGAAUGGGAGGAACGCUGGCAGGAGGACAGAAUAGGUUUCCAUCAGCCUCACGUACACAAGAUGCUGGAGAACAACAUCGAUAAAGUUCUUUCUGGACGGACGGGAGUUCGCUUCUUCUUCCCUCUCUGUGGGAAAGCUCUAGAUAUGAAGUGGAUAGCAGACAUGGGCCAUUCAGUGGUGGGAGUGGAGAUAUCUGAAAAGGGUAUCAAACAGUUCUUUGAGGACAACAACAUGACGUACAGCGAGGAGCCCGUCCCUGCCAUACCUGGAGCAAAAGUUUUCAAGAGCUCGGAGAGAAAUAUCUCCCUGUAUCAAUGUGACCUGUUCAACUUCUCCAGUUCCAUUGAGGGUCAGUUCGGGGCAAUUUGGGACAGAGGCUCUCUCGUGGCCAUCAACCCAAGAGACAGAGAAAAGUAUGCUGCUCUCAUCAUUUCUCUCAUGGCCAAAGACUGCAGAUACCUUUUGGACACUUUGUUGUACAAUCCUGAAUCAUAUGGCGGUCCUCCCUUUUUAGUGCCCGACGAGCAAGUAGCAAGUCUGUUUGGGAACAGCUGUGAUUUGGAGCAGCUGCAGUCGCUGGAUGCCCUGGAUGCCCUGACUGCCCUGACAGACAGACAGCGACGCUGGGGACUGGACUACCUGACUGAAACUGUACACCUAAUCACUCCCAAGAGCACUUAAAGCAAGUUUAGGGAGAAAAACAGAUCUUGGGCAUUUAAUUGCAAACAAUGGGCCUUUACUGCUUAAACAUCUUUUUGGGGAGGAAAUAAAAUGACAAGAGAACUUCUAAAAACAGUUUUAAAUGCAUGCCUUUGUAUAAGAUCUGUAACGAAGUUUGGAAUGCUUGGCACUUUUUAUAUAAUAAAAUGCCUG